CCAAGCGCGUAGUACAGUGCUCUGCACACCGUAAGUGCUCAAUAAAUAUGAUUGAUUGAUUGAGGGGGUCGGGGUGCUCCAACUCGAGUUUGACGGGCCGUUUGGGGCGGUUUCCCUCCUUGUCUGUCUGUCUCUCUGUGUGUCUGUCUGUGUCUCCUCCUCCUCUUCCUCCCCCCCCCGACGGUUCUCUCCGCCUCUGCCCCCCCCAACACGCCUAACCCACCAGGGCUGGGAAAUAGAGGAGGGGGCGGGCACGACCCCCAGCCCUCUGGAGGCUUCUUAAAAGGAGGAAGAAAAAGCCCAAGGAGCAAAGAGGGGGGUUGGUUUGUGGACAGGAGCGGUGAUGGAGAAGGAAGGCAGACCCUCAGGACUUCGGCUGCUCGAAAAUAUUGAAUAACAGCUACUGCUUGCUGCUGCUCUUUAUUGACCCACAGGGCCGCUACAGCGCAGUCUUCCCUUAUUUAAAAGGAAGACUAAGGAAAUUAACACAACAUUUUGAUUCUGAGAUGGAUGGCGACAGUUCUACAACAGAUGCUUCUCAAUUAGGAAUAUCUGCAGAUUACAUUGGUGGAAGUCAUUAUGUAAUACAGCCUCAUGAUGAUGCGGAGGACAGCAUGAAUGAUCACGAAGAUACAAAUGGCUCAAAAGAAAGUUUUCGGGAGCAGGAUAUCUAUCUUCCAAUUGCAAAUGUAGCAAGAAUAAUGAAAAAUGCCAUACCUCAAACAGGAAAGAUUGCUAAGGAUGCCAAGGAGUGUGUGCAGGAAUGUGUCAGUGAAUUCAUCAGUUUUAUAACAUCUGAGGCAAGUGAAAGAUGUCAUCAAGAAAAACGGAAGACUAUCAACGGAGAGGAUAUUCUUUUUGCCAUGUCUACCCUGGGAUUUGAUAGUUACGUAGAACCUCUAAAACUGUACCUUCAAAAAUUCAGAGAGGCAAUGAAAGGAGAGAAGGGAAUUGGUGGAGCAGUCACAACUACAGAUGGACUUAGCGAGGAGCUUACAGAGGAAGCAUUUACUAAUCAGUUACCAGCCGGUUUGAUAACCACAGAUGGACAACAGCAAAAUGUGAUGGUUUAUACAACAUCGUACCAACAGAUAUCUGGAGUUCAACAAAUUCAAUUUUCAUGAUUUCGAGGAGCACUGGAUCUGCAAGUGGGGCAACAAGGAAGAAGCAGGACAAUUCUAAAGCAGAGACAUUAGCAUGGAAAUGACUGGUGAAGCGGGAGAUAUGCCUCUUUGUACAUUAAAUAGCUUUGUACUGUAGCUUCCUGAGGCUUGCCUAAAUUGAGAUGUGAAUUCCGAAUUGAGAAUCUUUUUCAUGACUGGUUUUAAAAAAAAAUUGGAUUUUAAAGGUAUUAAAAUAUUUUUGUUUUGUACAAGAGUUUGUUGCUCUGUGACUCCUGUAUGCAUUGUAUAUUGCGAUUUAUUACUGUCAGAGAUUUGUAGACAGUUUCUUAUUUUCAUAUUGAAUCAUGUUACUUUUGUAAUUCAAGUAAACAGCUGGGUUAAUUCAUGAUGUUUACCCUUUUAAUAAAAUAGGGUAGAGUUCAUUUUGAAUGCAAGUUGCCUUUGUUAUAAAAUUGAGUUGGUCUUGGUUAUGUAAUUUUGUCCUGCAUGACAACCGUAGCUAGAUUUUUUAGCUGUUGAUGUAUUUAUUGAAAUUUAAUUUUUAAGGGGAUUUUUUUUGUAAAGCAUUUGAAGUUCAAGAAUUGCUACAAAUAUUUCUUUUUUAUGUAAUUUUGAAACUAAAUAUUAACCCAGAAGAAAUAAACUGUCCAACCUGUUAAACUUAAAAGAUUUGGUACCUAUUAACAGUGUUUGCUACAAUCAAAACACUGUUUUUUGUGCCUGUUACAGUAGUCAUUAUUUUUAGUUAUCACAAACCUUUGUUUAGGCUAGAUUUUGCAUUUUGGUAAAUUUAAUUUAUAAGUGAAUUUUGAACUAAUUAAUAUGUUCAAUUUAAUGUAGUCUUACUGCUAUUGAAACAAUACUUUUUUCAUUUGUUUGUUUUUUCUUAUAAAGUACAAUUAUUUCCUGGCCCAGAAGAGGAAUUUUAUAGCCUGGUUGUAAAUGACUUCAUUUUAACUUUUUAAUUGAAAUGUUAAAAUUUCCCUGUACUGCUGAGGGAACUCUCAGCACUGGUAUAGCAACACUUUGUGUACAGUUUGUGCAUGUGUGAACGUGUGUGUGAAUGAAUGAACGAGAUGGUGAAUGGUUGCUUCGUGACCUGAAGUGGAAGACUCAAACUUCUGGUUUGCUGUCUUCUGUCUUUGCAAUAAACUAUACUUAUGUAAUGUAA